CUAGGAGGGAGCGCGCCGCACGCGGUGGCCGACAUGACGGACAGGGGUCAGAGCCCCCUCGCGCCGCUGUUGGAGACUUUGGAAGACUCUUCUGCCUCCCAUGGAGAGCAGACCGACGCUUACCUGACUCUGACCAGUCGUAUGACUGGAGAAGAAGGAAAAGAAGUAAUUAUAGAAAUUGAGAAAAAACUUCCUCGGCUGUACAAAGUUUUAAAGACUCACAUUUCCAGUCAGAACUCAGAGCUGAGUAGUGCUGCGCUACAAGCCCUGGGGUUUUGCUUAUAUAAUCCCAAAAUUACCUCAGAAUUAUCAGAGGCAAAUGUUCAAGAACUACUUUCAAAACUGAAUGAUACCAUUAAGAGUUCAGACAAAAAUGUACGUACCAGAGCUCUUUGGGUGAUAUCUAAGCAGACAUUUCCCUCUGAAGUUGUCGGCAAAGUGGUAUCCCGUAUAAUUGAUUCAUUGGAAAUACUAUUUAAUAAAGGAGAGACGCAUUCUGCUGUUGUUGAUUUUGAAGCAUUAAAUGUUAUCAUAAGGCUAAUUGAACAAGCGCCAAUUCAAAUGGGAGAAGAGGCAGUGAGGUGGGCAAAACUGGUCAUACCUUUAGUGGUUCAUUCAGCACAAAAGGUACAUUUGCGGGGAGCUACUGCUCUGGAGAUGGGAAUGCCAUUAUUGCUUCAGAAGCAGCAAGAAAUAGCAUCUAUUACGGAGCAACUUAUGACUACUAAAUUAAUCUCAGAACUCCAGAAGCUAUUUAUGAGUAAAAAUGAGACCUAUGUGUUAAAAUUAUGGCCUUUGUUUGUCAAACUACUUGGAAGGACCUUGCAUCGAAGUGGGAGUUUCAUUAAUUCUCUGUUGCAACUAGAAGAACUAGGAUUUCGUAGUGGCUCACCCAUGAUUAAAAAAAUAGCUUUUAUUGCUUGGAAGAGUUUAAUAGAUAAUUUUGCUUUAAAUCCAGACAUACUAUGCAGUGCAAAAAGACUCAAGUUGUUAAUGCAGCCUUUGAGUUCCAUUCAUGUGAGAACCGAAACUCUAGCAUUAACAAAACUAGAAGUCUGGUGGUAUUUACUGCUGAGACUUGGACCUCAUCUUCCUGCUAAUUUUGAACAGGUUUGUGUGCCUCUGAUUCAAAGUACAAUAAGCAUUGAUUGUAAUGCCUCACCUCAAGGCAAUUCAUGUCGUGUAGCUACCUCUCCAGGUUUAACUCCUAUGACUCCUGUAAACAAAGGUGCUUCCUCCCCAUACGGAGCCCCGGGAACUCCCCGAAUGAACCUGAGUUCGAAUUUAGGUGGAAUGGCCACAAUCCCUUCCAUUCAACUUUUGGGACUUGAAAUGUUGCUUCAUUUCUUACUGGCUCCAGAAGUCUUGAAUUUUGCUAAGCAAAAUAAAUUUGUGCUAAGCUUAGAGCCACUCGAACAUCCGUUAAUCAGCAGCCCUUCUUUUUUUUCCAAACAUGCAAAUACACUUAUCACUGCUGUUCGUGAUAGCUUUGUUGCAGUUGGAAAAGAAGCCCCUGAUGUGGUUGUCAGUGCUAUCUGGAAGGAACUAAUUAACUUGGUGAAGUCAGUUACUGAAUCAGGUAACAAAAAGGAGAGACCAGGUUCUGAAGUUUUGACUCUGUCGUUAAAGUCUUUGGAAAACAUAGUAAAGUCUGAAGUAUUUCCUGUAUCAAAAACGCUGGUCCUCAUGGAAAUUACAGUUAAAGGACUUCCUCAGAAAGUAUUAGGUUCACCAGCAUAUCAGGUUGCUAAUAUGGAUAUUCUUAAUGGAACUCCAGCUUUGUUCUUAAUUCAAUUAAUUUUCAACAAUCUCUUGGAAUGUGGUGUAGCAGAUGAAAGGUUCUUUCUCAGUUUGGAAACACUUGUAGGCUGUGUUCUUUCUGGUCCAACAUCACCACUAGCUUUCAGUGACUCUGUUUUAAAUGUUAUCAAUCAAAAUGCAAAGCAAUUGGAAAAUAAGGAGCAUCUCUGGAGAAUGUGGAGUGUUAUAGUCACCCCAUUAACUGAAUUGAUUAAUCAGACUAAUGAAGUAAAUCAAGGUGAUGCCUUAGAACAUAAUUUUAGUGCCAUCUAUGGUGCAUUGACUUUACCAGUAAACCAUAUUUUUUCAGAACAAAGAUUUCCAGUGGCUACCAUGAAGACUUUGCUUAGAACUUGGUCAGAAUUAUAUACAACAUUUGCUCGCUGUGCUGCUUUGGUGGCAACAGCAGAAGAGAACUUGUGCUGUGAGGAACUUUCUUCCAAGAUGAUGUCUAGUUUGAAAGAUGAAGACUUUUCAAAUCUGUUGUUCGUGGAUAGGAUUAUUCAUGUUAUUACUGUAAUGGUUGAUUGCAUUGAUUUCUCACCAUAUAAUAAUAAAUAUCAGCCCAAAGUUAAAUCACCACAGAAACCUUCAGAUUGGUCCAAAAAGAAGAAUGAGCCCCUAGGGAAAUUGACUUCUUUAUUUAAACUUAUUGUGAAAGUGAUCUGUUCUUUCCACACUCUGAGCUUCAAGGAAGCACAUUCCGAUACCCUCUUCACUAUUGGCAACUCAAUCACCAGCAUUAUUUCCAGUGUACUUGGACAUAUUUCUUUGCCUUCUAUGAUCCGAAAAAUAUUUGCAAGUUUCACAAGACCUCUGGCAGUAUUUUAUGAAAACUCAAAGCUUGAUGAAGUUCCUAAAGUAUAUAGUUGUCUGAACAACAAGUUAGAAAAGCUACUGGGAGAAAUUAUUGCUUGUCUACAAUUCAGCUACACUGGAACUUAUGACAGUGAACUUCUUGAACAUCUCUCCCCACUAUUAUGCAUAAUAUUUCUGCACAAGAAUAAACAGAUUCGAAAACAGAGUGCUCAGUUCUGGAAUGCUACAUUUGCUAAAGUGACAAUGUUGGUUUAUCCUGAAGAGUUGAAGCCAGUAUUAAGACAAGCCAAACAAAAAUUUCUGCUCCUAUUGCCUGGUUUGGAAACUGUUGAAAUGAUGGAGGAGGAAUCCAGUGGACCAUAUUCUGAUGGAGCAGAAAAUUCGCAAUUUAAUGUGAAGAUAAGUGGCAUGGAGAGAAAAUCAAAUGGAAGAAGAGAUUCAUUUUUGGCACAAGCUAAGAAUAAAAAAGAAAAUAUGAAACCAGCAGCCAAACUGAAACUUGAAUCUUCAUCUUUAAAGAGUGAAAUUCUUUUGGAAGAAGAAAAAUCUACUGACUUUGUAUUUAUACCUCCAGAAGAAAAAGAUGCAAAGGAAAGAAUACUAACUGAGCAUCAGAAAGAAGUUCUCAAAACAAAGCGGUGUGAUAUUCCUGCCAUGUAUAAUAAUCUGGAUGUUUCCCAAGACACCUUAUUUACUCAGUAUAGUCAGGAAGAGUCUAUGGAAAUUCCUACUUCAACCAGAAAACCAAAGGAAGAUUCUAAGAUGACGAUUACGGAGGAGCAAAUGGACGGUGAUAUUGUCAUUCCUCAAGAUGUCACGGAAGACCGUGGUACAGAUGAACAUCUUGAAAAGACCCCCCUUUCAAAUGAUGAGUGUGGUUCUCUGGACAAAACCAGUCCAGAAAUGAUGAACAGUAAUAAUGAUGCCAGAAAAAAAGCUUUAAUUUCAUCAAAGAAAACAUCAAUUGAAUGUGCAUCCAGUGUAGAAAAUUCUUCUGUUAUCAGCAGUAGUUUGUUUUCUAAUGCUGCUGUUUCUGGAACUCCCCCACACCCUACAAGUCGGAGGCAAACCUUUAUUACUUUGGAGAAGUUUGAUGGUUCAGAAAAUAGACCUUUUAGCCCAUCUCCCUUGAAUAAUAUGUCAUCAACUGUUACAGUAAAAAGUAACCAGGAAACCAUAAUUAAAACAGAUUCUCCACCAAAAGCAAAGCAAAGAGAAGGGACUAUUUCAAAAUCUGAUUCUGAAAAAAUAGUGACUGGAACUAAGAGAUCAAGCCGGAGAGCUGGUAAAGCUGAACAAACAGAGAGUAAAAGGUUUAAGCCCAUAAUGAGAUCUGAACAGGAGAAAAAUAUUGAGGAAUCUAUUGAAGGCAUGGUAGUCUUAGAAAAUAACUCACCUGGUUUGCUUAAUCAAACAGAAUGUGUGUCAGAUAAUCAGGUUCAUCUUUCUGAAUCUACAAUGGAGCAUGACAGUACAAAGCUUAAAGCAACAAUGGAAAGUGUUGUAUUAUUGGAAACUAAUACUGUAGAGGAGAAAAGUGUAGAAAUUAAUUUGGAAUCCAAAGAAAAUACACCCCCAGUAGUAAUACCAGCAGAUCAAAUGGUAAAUGAGGACAGUCAGUCUCAGAUAACCGCAAAUCAGAAAACCCUCAGGCGAUCUUCAAGGCGACGUUCAGAAAUAGUAGAGUCUACCACUGACAGCCAAGAUAAAGAAAAUAAUCAUCAAAAAAAGGAACGACGUAAAGAAGAAGAAAAACCUCUUCAGAAGAGUCCAUUGCAUAUGAAAGAUGAUAUGUUACCUAAACAAAAACUGAUUUCUGAACAAACUGUACAGGAGAAUUUAAUUGAAAAAGGAAAUAAUUUACAUGAGAAGACUGCUGGGGAAACCAGUGCUAAUGCAGAAAUUGAGCAAAAUAAAAAAAAGCCAGACCCUGAGAACAUUAAGUUUGAGGGAGUUAGUACCCAGGACAUUGUAGACAAGUCCUCUGAGAAACUAGUCAGAGGCCGAACACGGUAUCAAACAAGAAGAGCAUCUCAGGGUUUGCUUUCUAGCAUUGAAAACUCGGAAUCUGAUAGUUCGGAGGCAAAAGAAGAAGGUUCUAGGAAGAAGAGAUCUGGAAAAUGGAAAAACAAAAACAAUGAAAGUGUUGACAUUCAAGAUCAGGAAGAGAAAGUAGUGAAACAGGAAUGUAUAAAAGCUGAAAAUCAGUCACAUGAUUAUAAAGCAAGUUCUGAAGAAAACAUAAAUAUAAAACCUCAGAUUUGUGAAAAACAAGAUGACGGUAGUACAACGUAUCAGGAUUCUACGGUAACUUCAGGUUUGUUGCAAGUUCCUGAUGAUUUACCAAAUGUGUGUGAGGAAACAAAUAAAACUAGCAAAUGUGCAGAAUAUCCCUUCACAAGUCUAACUGUGCCAGAAUCAAAUCUAAGGACUAGAAAUGCCAUUAAGAGAUUAUAUAGACGAGACUCUUUUGAUAAUUGUAGUGUGGGAGAAUCCUCAAAAAUGGGGACAUCAGAUAUUUCUUCACUUUCAGAAAAAACUCUUCAAACACUUGAAUGCCAACACAAGAGAAGUAGGAGGGUGAGGAGAUCUAAAAGUUGUGAUUGCUGUGGGGAAAAACCACAACCUCAGGAAAAGUUAAAGAAUACAGAAAAUAAUGAUGUAGAGAUUAAUGAAACCAAAAAGGCAGACGUACAGACACCUAUAGUCACAUCAGAAACUUCUCAACCUAAUCCAGAUUCGGAAGGACAAUUUUUAGAUGAACAUCAUAGUGUAUAUUUUAAUUUGGGUCUCAAAGAGGAUAAUGAUACUGUUAAUGAUUCAUUAAUUGUUUCUGAAACCAAAUUAAAAGAAAAUACUAUGCAAGAAUCUCCUUCUGAAAUAAUAAACUUUAGAGAGGAAACUUGUGAUAAGGAUUCUAGUGAAGCAGUGUCUGUGGAAAGCCAAGAGUCAUCUAAUGAAAAUUUUAAAACCGUUGGCUCAUGUUUAGGUGACUUGGAAAAUGCCUCACAGGAAUCUUUGGAGACAAAAGAAAAACUAGAAGAAAUCCCCAAAAAGGAGCUGAGUCUAGAGUAUGUUACUGUUGAAGGAAGUGCAUGUAAAGUAACAGAAUCCAACCUAGAGAAAGUAGAAACUAUGGAAUUGGAUGUAGGAAAUGAAGCUAGCUUCCCUGAACAAGAGAAUACCAAAACUGAUAUUUCUGAAGAAGCAGCAAUAGAAGAAAAUAAUACAAACGAUGAGUCUGAAGCAGACACAGCUAAACUGAAUGCCGAAGAAGCAGCAUCUGACGAAUUUAAUUCAGGUAUUAGUCUUUCUGAUAAUACUACACCUAUAAAAUUGAAUGCUUGGACUGAGAUUUCUGAACAAACAGCAGUUGGGGAACUAGGUGGAGGAAGUGAUGUAUGUGACCCAUGCUCAUCUGAAAAAACGAAUACUGAAAUAGAAAAUUACCAAGAAACUAUGAUUGGUGAGGCAAAGGCUGAAACUGGCCAUGAUGAUGAAACAGAGAAUGAGAUCAUAACUACCAAAACCUCAAAGUCUGAUGAAGCUGAAACAAAAAUGUUGAAUGCGGAAAUGGACAACUUUGUUUGUGACACAGUUGAAAUGAGCGCUGAAGAAGGAAUCAUUGACUCUAAUAAAAAUGAAAUAAAUACUGAAUGUAGUAAAUCUGAAGAAAAAUUAGAUAACAAUCAAAUGAUAAGGGAAAGUGAUAUUUUACAGGGAGAUCAUACUUCAGAGAAAGUGGAGGAACCAUCGCGCUCUCUGACAUCUGGAACAGCUAUCUCUGAACUAAUAAUAGAAGAAGACAAUAAUGCAUCUCCUCAAAAACUAAGGGAACUUGAUCCUUCACUUGUGUCAGCAAAUGAUAGUCCUAGUGGCAUGCAGACACGCUGUGUCUGGUCUCCUUUGGCUUCUCCAUCUACAAGCAUUUUAAAGAGAGGACUAAAAAGAUCCCAGGAAGAUGAAAUCUCAUCACCGGUUAACAAGGUUCGCCGUGUCUCCUUUGCAGAUCCAAUAUACCAAGCGGGAUUGGCAGAUGACAUUGAUAGACGAUGUUCUAUUGUUAGGUCCCAUUCUUCAAAUAGUUCUCCCAUAGGAAAAAGUGUUAAAACAUCCCCUGUUGCACAGUCUAAGCAUAAUACCACUUCAGCCAAAGGAUUUCUGUCCCCAGGAUCACGUAGCCCUAAAUUUAAGAGCUCAAAGAAGUGUUUAAUUUCAGAAAUGGCCAAAGAAUCAAUACCAUGCCCAACAGAAAGUGUUUACCCAGCUUUAGUGAACUGUAUGGCACCAGUUGACAUCAUUUUACCUCAGAUUACAUCAAACAUGUGGGCAAGAGGCCUGGGCCAACUCAUUAGAGCUAAGAACAUAAAAACUAUUGGUGAUUUGAGUACUCUUACAGCAUCUGAAAUAAAAACUCUUCCUAUUCGUUCUCCAAAAGUAUCCAAUGUAAAAAAGGCCCUCAGAAUAUAUCAUGAGCAGCAGGUGAAGUCUCGUGGACUAGAAGAGAUUCCAGUUUUUGAUAUUUCUGAAAAAACAGUAAAUGGAAUGGAAAAUAAAUCUUUGUCACCUGAUGAAGAAAGACUUGCCUCAGGUACAGUUGAUACUGUUGCUUUAGAAACUCCGUUAUCCAGAAAUCUUGUGGCACAGAUUAGUGCUCUUGCGCUUCAACUGGAUUCAGAAGAUCUUCAUAAUUAUUCAGGAAGCCAACUAUUUGAAAUGCAUGAGAAACUAGGUAGUAUGGCAAACUCUAUAAUAAAAAAUCUACAGUCACGUUGGAGAUCACCACCCCAUGAAAAUUCUGUUUAGUAUUUUAAGAAAAAAUUGAAAGUUUUUUUUUUUUUUUUUUUAAACAUCACUGGAUUUCUUGAUGGAGGGAACAAGUUCUGAAAUAAUAGCACAAUUUCAAAGAAGAGACUGUUUGCAAAGUUGAUAACAUUUGAAACCUUGAAGGACAGUGACUUAUUAUGUAAGUUCAAUUUUGUAAGUUCAUUAUGUAAGAUCUUUUUUUUUUUUAAUAUAUAUUUUCUUGGCUGCUAUGCGUGGUUUUUCAGGAAAUUUAUCUUUCUGAGAUGUGAAAGCAAAAACUAGAAACAGAACUAUACAUUUUAUUUCACACUUUCUUAAACCCAUGCCUAUUCUAGUGAAACAUGUAAAAUAAGUAAAAUUGAACAUUUUUCUUUGAAUUUUUGCUGAACCGAUAAAGGUGUUUAUACUUUUUGUUUGUUUGUUUAAUUCAUGUUUGUUGGGCCUGAGGUUUAGGAAAUUUAUUAUUGGUUAAAAACCUCAUACGUGAUGCAAGAGAAUUGGAACUUUUCCUGCAGAUGUCUACUUUGGACAGUUUUCAAGAAAAAUAUGAAAAGUUUCAACUUCUGGGGGUUAAAACAUUAAUGCAGAAUUUACUAAGAUUUUAUUCAUUUGCAUUAGCAAAUAUUCGUGCAGCAGCAGUUGACUGAAAAUUUACUCUUAUGAGACAUAUAGUAUUCACUUUUAAAUGCGUAAUUGUACAUUAUGUAUAGACGACAAUGUUUUUAAUUUAUAAACUUCAUUCUUUGUUAAUUGCAUGGGUUUUUCAGCUUAUUGUGAAAUACCUUGGUUCUGUUCAAUAGAAACAUUUUGUAUAUAUUAAAUACUGAACUAUAUCAGUAUGGACAGUAGAAGUGCUUCAUGGGCUUGCUGCACAUACUUGUAGGAGUCUGUAUCUGCAAGUACAACAAAUAGUUUUGUAGUUAGUUAACAGUCUUACUUAAAACAUGAGUUUAUUUUCUAAAAGUAUCUAGAAUAAGUAAAAUUAUAGAACUAAGGAAAUGUUAUACAACUUUGCUGUUAAUACCCUUACCUCCUUAUUAUUUUUGGUUUGGAAGAGGGUAUCAGCCACUAGAAAGUGUGCCUCGUUAUAUUUCUUAAAGUUAGUUUCAGUAUUUCACUGCAAGUUGGACUGUACGAAAUCUAAAGUAGAUCUGCUUUUUUAACCUUCAACUAAAAGGAAACUUCGAAGAAAUUUGAAACUUACUGUUUUUAAUGUGUGUAUGUUUUGCCUAGGUUUUUUUUAAAAUAGGGAACGUAAUUAAAACCUUUUUGUAAAUUUUGCCAAGUAAUAUUAGUGCCUGACUCCCAUAUUUGUUUCAUCUUUUUAACUGAGAAUAUAUCUCAUUUGUUCUCUGAAUAGAAUGAGUGAGUGAGCUCAGUUUUCACAUUUUAUUCAGAAGCUAAUCCCUACUUAGCAAGGCACAUAACCUACAGCAAGUCAUAGAAAGUUUAAUCCUUGUGCCUAGUUAGCUCUCCUAUAUUCAGGGAUCUCUAUAAAAAUUGUUACCUUUUUUCAUCAUCAGCCCCUAUAAAAGUUGGUGUCUUUCAUCAUCAUAAAUUCUUCAUAAUCACAGAUACUUUUGGGUCUAAAUAAUAUAUUUAUAUACCAAGGAUGAUUUUAUAAAGAAAUUCUGGGAUCAUUGAAUUACGGAUUGUGGAUUGAAGUAACUAAUGAAAAAGACUAAUUUCUUUAAAAAGAAUAUAAUUAUGGUUUACAUUGUGCAUCAUUUAUUUCUCAAAUUACUAAGGAGGAGGUACUCCCAUAAGCAGGUAUGUAUAUGUGUUUGGGGCAGAGGGGAGCAGGUUUCUUUAACACACUUGAGAAUUAAAAUUAGCUCAUUUCGUGAUUAUGUGCCUUAACGUUUGUGUGAACUAAACUUGGUGAUUGAAUUAAGUUCUUGGGAAGCCAAACAGUAAUAGCAGAAAAUGUGACCAAAAUGAGUAACACAUACUUAAAUCACUGGCUUUUAUGUAAGCACAAGUAUUAAUUUUAAAAACAUUGUAGUUUAGUAAGGUUGCAUUUUAAAAUAUUUGGGAGCAAACACAGUCUUCAUUUUGCUGUGGCUAUAAGCAUAUAUUUUUGGCACCUUAUUUGCAAUAUUCUUCCCUUAAAGUUUCCUGCAAAUUCCCUGUUAGUAAUUCCUAAAUAGCAAAACAUUAAUAUUCCAUGAUCAGCUCCACUGUGUUGUCUCACUAUUAAAAUGGAAUCUGUUUUUUCAAAUCUUUUCUAAUGGUUAAUAAAACAAAUGUCAGAUAAUAACAAGAACACUCAAAUGUGGUAUCUUAAUUAUCUUAUGCAUAUCUAAGAAGAAACUGGUAGCAUACAGGAGUGUAGUAUCUUUUCUUUUUUUCAGACAGAGUUUCACCCUUGUUGCCCAGGCUGGAGUGCAGUGGUGCAAUCUCAGCUCACUGCAACUCUGCCUCCUGGGUUCAAGUGUUUCACCUGCCUCAGCCUUCCGAGUAGCUAGGAUUACAGGUGCACACCACCAGGCCUGGCUAACUUUUUUGUAUUUUUAGUAGAGAGGAGGUUUCACCAUGUUGGCCAGGCUGGUCUUGAACUCCUGACCUCAGGUGAUCUGCCCGCCUGGGCCUCCCAAAGUGCUGAGAUUAUAGGCAUGAGCCACCGCACCUAGCCCAUGAUUUUCAUAUCUGUGAAAUCUAUUCUGGAUUCUAUAGUGGAUUUAAAUUUUCAGCAUUUCAGUGACCUCAUUGUUAAGGCUCUGCCACUUGAAAAAGUUUGAAAACCAUUGGUGAAUCAUAAGGAACUUUGCUCCAAUUCCAAAUAAAGGAUGUGUCAGGUUAAAUAAUGCUAUUGGAUAAUACAGUCAAAAACAGGAUUUAAACUCGAAAAUUAAAAGCAUGAUUGAAGGCCAGGUGGGUAUAUCACUUGAGACCAGGAGUUCAAAACCAACCUGGCCAAUAUAGCAAAACCCUGUCUGUACUGAAGAUAGAAAAUUUAGCCCAAUAUGUUGGUACACACUUGUACUCUCAGCUACUCUGGAGGCUGAGAUGAGAACUGGUUGAAUCUGGUACAUGGAGGUUGCAGUGUGCUGAGAUCAUGCCAUUGCACUCUAGCCUGGGUGACAGAACGAGACUCUUUCUCAAAAAAAAAGGCAUGAUUAAUCCUAACAUAGCCCAUGGGUUUUUUUUUUUUCUGUACAGCUUGAAGAUAAGAUAGUCAAGGACACUGUUUCAUAUUUAAACAUAAAUACGUGAAGAGUAAGUCGUGAGGCAAGAAACAAAAUUGGAGGGAAAUGGUGGGAAUUGUGAAUAUUUAAGUGAAGUUUUAUUUUUCAAGGUAAAGAGAAAGUAUAAAUUAGUAUUUUUUUCUUCCAACUUUGACUAAUUCAGUAAGAAAGGCCUAGGUUUCAUCUCAUAUUCUUUAUAAUUGAUUUUCAAGAAAGUAAUUUGUCAUUCAGCCUAGGAGGCUGUAAAAUAGCAAUUAUUGACAUUAUUAGACUAAAACUUAGGUAGGGGACGGAGACUGUUUCUUCACUGCUGCAACCCAUGUCCAUCUUGUUCCUAAGCCAUUAGAAAUGUUUGUACUUUGUAUACAAACAGUAGAGUGAGGUUUUGAUUUUUAACAUAGUGUUUCUGAAACUUGGAUGUGCAUAUGAACAAGCAGAUUCUGAUUUAGUAGGUCCGUAAUGAGCUCCAAGAGUCUUCAGUUUUAGACACAGUUCCAGGUGAUUCAUACAGAUGACUGUGGUCUGUACUGGUAGAUGGGCCUAAGAGGCUUCAGGCUGUGUAUUAGGUUUUGGUAACCCCAGCAGAUUCAAGUCCUUGAUAACUGUCAAGUUUAUGAAUUGGGGAUGCAGACUGGUUUUGAAAUCUUACAGCCAAAGUUCAAAAAUUUUAAGGAAGUUAAGUGUAGAAUUUUGCUUCUUUAAGGGCCUUUUUAAAAUAUGGAAGACUUAUUUUUUAAAUAGGCAGACUUUAAGAAUUUCAUGUUAUGAAGAAUUAUAAGGCAAAUUAGACAGUAUUUUCUUAUGAAUAUUUGUGCGUUAGGGUUUAUUAAUAUAUGUCAAUUUCUAAGUUAGAAAUAUAUUUAGUCUGUAAAUCUUGCCUUCUAUAUGGAUUAUUUUAUUAAUAAACAUGGAAAAUCGACACUACCCCUAAUAAUCUGGCAAUUAAAUUUGUCAGUGCUAUAAUUAAGAAGUCAGUCUAGUGCAGAUAUACACCCUGUCAUUUUACUGUAAGACUUCUGGUGACUUAAUUUUCUGUUACAUUACAUGAUUGAAAAUUCCUGUUUCAUUAUAAAGUGGAAUUUGAAAGAGUUGAAUAAUUUGAUUCUCAAAAAGCACGUUUUUCUUGGAAUUUGGUUAAGGUGUUAGGUUUUCCUCACAUAUUUAAAUGGUCUGUAAAAACUACACUGAAGGCACUAAAGAAAAUGUAGCUGAAAGUUAAGUAAUAGGUUUUAAAAAUUUAUCAAAAUUUAUUAAUAGUUAGAUCUGUAAGACAAAUCAGGUUUCCUGGUUUCUGAUGUUCAGUUAAUAAGUCUAUUAUGUGUCAGGCUUUAUAUAUUGCUCUUUGCAAGUAGCCAUUAAAAUUUGAGUCAUUGAAGUUUGAAGAUCCAUAAAUAUUUAAUAUAGUAGUCUAAACAGAGUUCUGAGAAUUUUUACUCAGUUCUGAAAUAGGAUGUUAAAUUUUUCGAUGGGGUCCUAAUCAUUUUUUUUCUUUACAUACUAAGCCUUUCUUUCUCCAAAGAACAAUUAAAACCACGUAUGACAUGGUAAGCCGUAAAUACCAUUGGAAUAAAAGAUAACCCCUCAUCUUACCUAAAAAAUUGAAGGCAAUAUUUUCUUUUGUUGAUAACACAAAUGAGAAAAAAAGCCUGUAACUUUUGUACUCUACUUGUAGCAGAGGGAAUAUUUUGGUCAUACUAUGCCAAUUUAUAAUUGUAGAUUAAGCUAAAUUUACUAGACAGCAAGCUUAUAUGCUUAUAGAAAUUGAUGCACUGCGAAGUGAUGAGAUGAAAAGAAUGGAAAAGGCAGAUUAAGCUGGAAUUUUAAUGCAUAGUCCAUUUAGUAUAGAGGCAAGCUGUUUCUUAAAUGGAUAAACAACAUAAAACUAGGAAGAUCACCUUCACAGUAAAGUGUCAUGGAACUGGAAAUAGAGUAUAGUGUAAUAGUUAUUUUGAUACAUAAUUGAAUAGCUAACAAGUGUCUGAAGAGUUUUUAUUUUUAUAGGAUAGGAAUUUUCCAAAAGAAAACAAAAUUAAGAGCAAAAUUGGUUUUGAAUAUAGAAACUGAAAGAUUGCAGUCUUAACUCCUAAGUUUUUUACAGAGCACAGGUUGGCAAACUGUAGCUUGCCACUUGUUUUUUUGUGCUGCCUGUGAGCUGAGACUGGUUUUUACACUUUUUUUAAGGGUCAAGAAAGUCAAGAGGAGAAGGAUAUUUUGUGACACAUGAAAACAAAUUAAAAUUUAAAUAUCCAGAAAUGAAGUUUUAUUGGGACAGCUGUGCUUAUUUACAUAUUAUCUUUAGCUGCUAUCCUGCUUCAGUGGCUGAGUUCAAUAGUAUAACAAUGUCUGUAUGGCUUGCAGUGGCUAAAAUACUGUCUGACCUUUUACAGAGUUUGUCGAUCCCUGGUAUGGUUGAUAGCUUUGUUCAGUAUGGCAUAUUAGUCCAUUUAAUUACUUGCUUCUAGCUGACAGAGUGAGGUCUUGAUUACUUAAUUUCUAUUACUCUUGUAUUUUCCAAAAUGGCUUCUCUUGAUUUUACUUGUUUUACUAUUGCUCAAAUUACACAGAUACUAGGAAACACUAGUACUUUAUAAAUACACUUCUUUUUCUACUUAAACUCUCAAACUAUAGUUACGUAUUUGCCAUGAUGUUAAGGGACCUUGAUAGUCUGUGAAUUGUCAGUUGCUUUCAGCACUACCUCCUGUGGAUAGACCUGACUGAUAGCACUUAGAAAAAGACUGAUAGAAGCCAAAUCAGUCAUUAGCUUUAUAUUGUCCCCAUCAAUUGGUAAACUCUUAAGAGAGCUUAGUUUUACAUUCACAAAAUAUUUAUAUUUGAUAAGUCUUAAAAAUGAUUUAAGUUGAAACUUAACAGAAGUACUUGUUCAUUCCUCACUUACCUGCAAAUAAUGGAAAUAAUGGUGCAGUCAGGUUUUUUUAAUUUUAUUUUAUAAUGCUUAUACUAGGGGUCCCAAACCCCUGGUUGGCAUUAGAUUCUCACAGGAGCAUGAACCUUGUUGUGAACUGCACAUGCCAAGAUCUAGGUUGUGCACACCUUAUGAGAAUCUAAUACCUGGUGAUCUGAGGUGGAACAGUUCUAUCCUGAAACCAUCUCCCCCAACACCUCCAUCUGUGGAAAUUGUCUUCCACGAAACUGUUCCCUAGUGCCAAAAAGGUUAGGGGACCACUGCUUUAUAUGAUGUUUGAAGCAGGCACACUUAGAGUUACUAUUUCUGGUUCUUUAUGACUGUUGAGGAGGGCAGAAUCUUUGUUUGAGUCACAAUGAAAACUUUUCAUGCAUCUAGAGUUGACUGUUACCACUUGGCAAUGGAAACUGGAUGUUGAAACAUUUUUUAAGAAAUGCACUUUUACCUGAAAUAAAAUUAUAAAAACUAAA